CUCCUCUCUGCUUGGUGUAGUAUGUGCCUGUCGGAUAGAGCAGACCUCAGACAUGGUGUAGGAUAUCAGGAAAGGAACAAGCGAUUGAAGUUGAGACGAGGCCUGUGUUGAGGCUGGAGGGGAGUGUGAAGGAUUGACAGUAAACGUGGAUCCGGCACAGGCAGGCGGAGGCCCCCCAUGGAGAAGGAGCAGGGAAGCGUGGCCUCUAGUGCCAAUGUCAACAUCCCCAGCACCACCUCAGCCUCCACCGGCAGCAACACUACAACAAACUCCUCCAGCAGACAGCAGGCUGUGCCUCAGAUAUCAGUAUAUGGAGGAAUCACAGACAGACAGACUGUUCAGGUCAUCCAGCAGGCCUUGAACAGGCAGCCCAGCACAGCGGCAGUUCACUAUCUACAGCAGAUGUAUGCAGCUCAACAACAACACCUCAUGCUACAGACCGCAGCACUACAGCAACAGCACCUGAGCCUGGCUGCAGUGCAGCAGGCUAGUCUAAUGGCAGGAAGGCAAAGCUGUAGUCAGAAUGGCACUACAUCCCAGCAGACUGUGGCCUCCCAAACCACUAUAAACCUCGCCACAUCCCCAGCGGCAGCUCAUUUGAUCAGUCGAGCCCAGAGCGGGAGCUCUGUUCCAGUCUGCAUCGCCCAACAGGCUGUGCUGCUGGGAAACUCCUCCACACCCACACUCACCGCCAGCCAGGCACAGAUGUAUUUACGAGCUCAGAUGGCACAGCAAACCAAUCUUGUGCAAGUAGCAAGGAGCCUAGGACGAGCUGUUCCUUUGUCUCCUCAGCUUAUCUUCACCCCAACUGCCUCAGUCACCGCACUUCAGCCGGAGACCUCUGCUCUGUCAAUCAACACGCCACCCACCAGCAGACAGGUGCAGAACUUGGCUAUUCGUGGCCAGCAGGGGGCGCUGACUUCCUCCCUCUCUCAGUCUCAAUUACAGAGCCUGAGUGUGAAACAGUGUCCCGGGACAUCAGCGCAGCUCUCUGUGACUAGCCAACCAGUGGCCCGACUCAAGAGUCCUGGAGCGGAGCUGAACUCUCAGGGAGCUGCUGCAAAGAGCAGUCCUGCAGAAACGUCCUCAGAGACUGUGGGAAAAAACAACAAAACCAGUGACCUCACAACAAGGGAGCUUAACGUGUGUCCCAAUGUGACCUCAGUGGCGGGCCAUCCUCUCAUCAGCACAGCAUAUACCCAAAUUCAGACCCAUCAGCUGCUCCAGCAGCACAAGCAGCAGUUUGUGAUACAGCAGCAGCCUCAGAUACUGCAGAGAGGUCAAGCACAGCUCUUAGAGGCCGCCACCAUUCAUCCUCACACAGUGCAAGCUGUAGCCAUUCAGCCUGCCCUGCCAGCUCAGCCUCAGCAGUGCCCUAUCUCUCUGCUGCCCAAAGUGCCUGUUACCUGCCAACAAGCUCCCAUCUUCCAUUCUACUACUGUGAGUCAGAAUGGACAGCCACCCAUGCUGAGCCACAGCAAAGCAGCACCUCUACAGCUUACUGCAGUUAAUGUCCAGAUCCAGCCAGUUCAAACUCAAGACACCCUUGUUCCUCUCGAACCGCAGCUGCUAUCCAUACCAACACAAGUGCCAACCCAGACAGAACAAUGCCAAUCGGUCAAACAAUUUCAACAAAGCCAAGUGACAGAAAACACAGAAGGCAGAGUGAAUGUGAAGGCAGGUGUGGGUUCACCUCCAGCAAUGACCUCGGGCAGCAGCAACAAUGCGCCCACGGUGACCGGCAGCGCUCCGCAAAAUGGCGAGAGUAAACCGCCGCCACAGGCGGUAGUGAAGCCCCAGAUCCUAACGCAUGUCAUCGAGGGAUUCGUGAUUCAGGAGGGUGCUGAGCCUUUUCCAGUUGAACGUCCGUCCUUGUUGAUUGAGAAUUUAAAGAAGCAGAAGCAGCAUCAGACUUAUUCAGACCUAGAUAAGAGGUCUCAGACCUUUCAAAAUGCCGACUCUGAGAUGGAGGAUCUUUCACAGCAAGAGCUGAAUAAUCAGAAUGCCGAGCCAAUGCUGUCAUGUGAAUUCUGUGGGACCGUAGACUUCGCAUAUAACUUCAAGAGAUCCAAGAGGUUUUGUUCUACGGUGUGUGCAAAGAGGUAUAAUGUUGGAUGCACAAAGCGGAUGGGACUUUUCCCAAGAAAAUCGACCUCAGAGAACCCAAAGAAACAGAAAGCCUCCGACGCCAAUCAUCAUAACAGCAGCACGGAUGUCAGGAAACGGAAUCCAAGUGCUCAAACAACCAUGGCCGCGUCUUUGUUAUCCCCACACCCCUCUCAUCCAAGUCACGGUGAGUCCAGCCAGUGCUCAGACAUGUCCAGCUUCGAAGAGCCCAUUUCGCCACUGUCCUACUCCAGCUUUGGAGCCCAAAGGCUUCAGAACGAGGAAAGAUUCGAUCACAGUGGAGAGCUCCCUCUCCUGAUGCAGCACUUCCUGGCCAGCGACCCCACCAAGUGGAACGUCGAGGACGUCUAUGAAUUCAUCUGCUCUCUGCCAGGCUGCCAGGAGAUCGCUGAAGAGUUUCGCUCUCAGGAGAUCGAUGGCCAAGCCUUGAUGCUCCUCAAAGAGGAUCAUCUCAUGAGCACCAUGAACAUCAAACUGGGCCCAGCUCUGAAAAUCUUUGCACGCAUCAGUAUGCUCAAGGACUCGUAGCCUUUCCCACACCCUUAUCUAGCUUGGAAAGGACAUCCUAACAGCUCUGCACUGGUUUCCUCAUCCCGUUGUGUCUUUGGGUCCUGCUGCUCCUCAAAACCACAAACUUGUGUGUAGUUCUCGUCACAGUCAAAUGGUUUCGUUCCAAAUGCAUGAUGAUGUGACUUGAUUACGAAUUUCUCGUGUAUUCAGCUGUGCCAGGCCUGGGAGGAGUACUUUACCAUUUGUGCAAACAAAUGUUCAUCAUAUGGUAGCAUGGAAACAGGUUUACAUUUUCUUCAGUUUUGAACUGGACUUUGUGAUUUGUCUGUCAUAAAGUGACAUUGUUGUAGUUCUGUCACAGUUUGUUUAGCUAAGGAAAAAUUUUGUACCUUUAGCCUUGCAGUGUACCAACAUUUGUAGGUAGUAGUAAACUGUUCAGGUUUCUUCAUCUCACAGGAUGUUCCUCAAUACAAUUACAACAGAUUUUGUACUCAAAUGAAGCAUUCUGACACAGGGAUAAAGGGAAUUAAAACUUUGACUCUAAGACGUGCCUAAUAUUUUAUAAAUAGCCCAAAGAUUACACAAAUGUUCAUGGUUUUUAGUUCAAAUGAAAGCAGCCUUUCCAAAACCCAUUUCGCAGCAUUAAUGUUUAAGGACUGCCAGUAAUAUCACUCUAUAUUUAAGUUCAGAACCCAUCCUGGUAUGAUCUGAUGAACUGGGAUCAUUUUUCAUAAAUCACUGUUAUCCCAACCAUCAAUGUGUGCACUCAUGUUUGGAAAGGUAGUGCAGCUUGUGUCUCAAUUUUUACAUUCAUCAUUUGAUCAGAUUUCUGUAUUUAUUGAGAGCAAGUCUCUGAUUCUGUUUUAUAUUUGAAAAUAAAACUCAGAAAACA